CAUAGACAUAGACACACAGCUAAGCUUCCCAUCUGAAAGGAGUUUCAUGUCCUUAAGGACCAUAUUAUAACCUCUCUCUCUUUCUCUCUCUCUAAAAGAAGCAGCAAAAAAACAGAGAUAUAUAGAGAGAGAGACUAGUAUGGCUCACAUAAAGAUCUAACAGAGACAGUAGUAUAGUCCCACUUCCCCACCACCAAAGCUUCGAUCAUCAUCAUCAUCAUGGAUCCGGAUCCGGACCAUAACCCGAAUCAUCGACCCAACUUCCCUCUCCAGCUUCUUGAUUCUUCUUCCUCCUCUUCCACUUCCUUAGCCAUCAUCCCUGCUUCUUCCGAACCUAGCUCCGAGCCUAAGAAGCCUCCUCCUAAACGAACCUCUACUAAGGACCGACACACCAAAGUCGAAGGCCGAGGCCGUCGGAUCCGUAUGCCUGCCAUGUGCGCUGCUCGUGUCUUUCAGCUCACUCGUGAGCUUGGCCACAAGUCCGACGGUGAAACCAUCGAGUGGCUACUCCAGCAAGCUGAGCCGGCGGUUAUAGCCGCUACAGGGACUGGAACCAUCCCUGCUAACUUCACUUCUUUAAACAUUUCACUUCGUAGCUCAAGAUCUUCUCUCUCUGCUGCUCAUCUUCGUACAACUCCUAGUAGCUAUUACUUCCAUUCUCCUCAUCAGUCCAUGACUCAUCUUCAGCAUCAUCAACAGGUUCGUCCCAAGAACGAGUCACAUUCUUCUUCUUCAUCUUCUUCUCAGCUCUUAGAUCACAACCAAAUGGGGAACUAUCUAGUACAAUCAACUGCUGGAUCUUUACCUACGAGCCAGAGUCCUGCCACGGCACCGUUUUGGAGUAGUGGCGACAACACACAGAACCUAUGGGCUUUUAAUAUCAAUCCUCCUCAUCCCGGUGUUGUCCCGGGAGAUGUUUAUAACCCAAACGGUGGUGGUGGCGGCGGCGGUGGAGGUGGAGGUGUUCAUCUUAUGAAUUUUGCAGCUCCCAUUGCUUUGUUUUCCGGACAGCCUAUGGCUUCCGGUUAUGGAGGAGGUGGCGGCGGUGGAGAACAAAGCCAUUAUGGGGUUUUAGCGGCGUUGAAUGCAGCUUACCGGCCGGUGGCUGAGUCGGCAAACCAUAACAACAACCAACAAAACCGCGACGGAGAUCAUCAUCAUCAUCAUCACAACCAUCAAGAAGAUGGAAGCACCAGUCAUCAUUCCUAGGCAAGCAAACACACACAAACAUAUAUAUUCUGUGAGAUUUAUUUUUAUUUUUUUCGUCCUUUCGUUUUGUUUGUUUGUUCUUAACAAGCGUGUUUUUUUGCAUUGCUUCUUUUUUUCAUAUAUUUUCUUUUUUUUCUUAUAUGUUAAGAGCUCUUAUCAGAUUUCAUCUUGUUUAUUCUUCUGAUUAAUGUAUUGAGUAAGUAAGCAUGAACGUGAUUAUCGAUAUAUCUUAGUAUGUGGGUUUUGCUA